CAGUAAGAGCCUACAUAAGAAAAAAGCAACAUAGUACACUAGGUGUGAUAUAAAUCUCAAGGCUUAUCCCCAGUUUGCCCUGACUUACCUGGAAGACUUAACUGCUCCAGUGAAUGUGAGCCAGACAGAGGACAACAUUCCCCACGAAGCCUGGACCACUGCUCAUCAAGAACAUUGUGUGGAAGAGAGUUUGCAGAAGCACAUCAACAGUCCUUUACUGAAGCAGCUGCCAGAAACCUCAGACACUUAUGUCAUCGUGCCAGAAAGCUCACUUGAGGAGACAGAGAGCCUGUCAGUGCUGCUGCUGAGGAAACUGGAAGGGAAACAUCCCAGGGCUCCUUCUCAGAGGAAUUCGACUGGCCAAUAGAAGGCCUGCUCUCCCAUGAAGAGGCCAGUAAGUAAGACACCAGAGCAGCGUGUCCCUGUACGACUCCGAGUUUUAAGGAAUGGAGAAAAGAAAACCAUCAGAUCCCUGGUGAUUGGCCUGGACAGCUCACUUGGAUGGAAAUCACAAAAUGUUAAAGCUGAAAGGAAAGAAAAAAGCCAUGCAAUGAACUAUUCUGAAACAGAAAGAAACCAGAUUGAAUUUCACCACCUUUUGGAGAGGUGCACUGGAAUUUUGAACUUACCUUCUGCUGCUCGGAGACUUUUCAAUGAAAAAGGGAAGGAAGUCUUUUCCCUGAAAGACCUACAGAGAGAUGAACUGGUAUAUGUUUCAUGUGGAGAACACUGGAUCAAUCCUGACCUCUCCAUUGCACAACAAAGGAAGCAAGUCUUCCGAAGGAGCCUCGAGUUUGACAUUUCCAAGAUUAAAACCUUUUGCAGCAUGCGCAAGGUGGAAGCUCUUGUUUUAGAAGUCCAAAGUGACCUUGUGUGUGGGGGCAAGCUUGCUGUGAAUAAACCUGUGGCAGAUUUUGAAGAGGAGAAGCAAGUGAAAGGACUAGAGGAGAGGCAGAUGGGAAAUGCUGCUUUAAUAACACGAGAUGAUCCCAGAGAGACUCUAGACUCUCACGCGAGAGCCCAUCUCCGCAUGGAAGCCUGUCGCAGGACACUCAAGUACGCUUGGCAGGACCCUUCAUACAACCUUGCUACUGAUGGCAGCCUUCCAAAGAAAGCAGAGAAAGAGCUCUUUGAACAUGUGCAGCCUCCAAAGAAACGAAGUCAUUUCCCAAAGCAUAGCAGAUCGUGGAAGCUAUGUCAUCAGGAGUUUGAAUACAGAGAUGAGCAAAUCAUCAGCCUCGCUGCUCCUCAGCUGGUCCUGGGAGUACAAGUCUCCAAACCACGUUCAGGCACAGAGGUCAUUUUGGUGGAAAAGAAAUCUGAUGAAAGUCGCCAACACUGGACACACAAGGCAGACAGCAGGACCUUUCACCUGGUGAGUAACCCAGACCUUGUACUGGCGGUGUCUAUGACCAAAGCUAAAAAUGAAGCCCUUGGCUAUCCAGUUAUCAUUCAGAAAUAUAAACCAUAUAGCAAUGGGGCUGCCAAUCAAAAGUGGGAUUACAUGGAAAAUAAGAGAGCAUUUAUAGCCUUUCACAGCACGGCCUUGGAUAAGGAAAUCACCGUGGCUAAUUUUUCUGGCCUUUGUACGUCAUCUGUCACUAAAGAAAACAUUGAUCAACCUGGAUACUGUUACAUUUCACCUGACGGAAAGAGAAAAAUCAUGCUCUGCCUGGCUUGCGGAAGGUCCAUGCGGGCCAAAAAGGAGCUGCAAGAGUUGUUUCCAAGGGCUCCAUUCUUCUGUGUUUCAGGCUCGAAGCAGAAGUUCUUGCCACGAGGGCCUUUCAAAGUCAUCAGUGUUGCCAAGGUUGAUUUAUCUUCUUCUGAAGCUGAAGACACUCUAAGAUAUUACGAGAAGUGUCUGUCAUCUUUACAGAUGAAGGCACAUGCAUGCAUCACAUCUCACAGUGGUGUGGUAGCUUCAUACCAGAAGGUGGUGAAAAUAAUGGCAUACAAAAAUGGGGAUGGAUAUCGGAAUGGAAAGUUAAUUGUGGCUGAGACAUUCCAUGGGCUUCUUGCAGAAUGCACAGAACGACUUCAACUCACCAGAGCAGCUUCCAAAAUCUACACAAGAGAUGGAACCGCCAUCUUCACCUUGCACGACUUGGUUCUGUGGGCUAUAGGUGAAAAACUUACCCAGAGACACCCUAAGGGGCAAGAGAAAAGCAUGGAGUCUGUUGGGACAGAAGACAUAGCUGUUCAAAAUGCAGAAGAAAACUCAAGAAUGAAAAUGGAGAGCAGAUUGGAUUUUGUGGAGAGGGUAGAUAAGUCCCUGCUUGUUCAUGUCCUCAAAAGCCCUGUUGCUGUUUGGGUGUCUUGUGGUGAGCUGUUUCUGCCUCUAAAUGCUCCAUGGAAAUCAGAAAAAUUAAAGAAACAAAACUGGCUGAAGAGGGACAAGAUUUUGGCUGAUUUGGACACCAUGAAACACAAGAUGCGACAGCUGAAAGGGCGGCGAGUAGCAGCGUGUCAACCAGCCACGAUGGUUCCCACCCAAAGUCCUCUGCAGCCAGUGGUGGUUGAAGGAGGAUGGACUGAGCAGACUCAAGAGGAAAUGAAGCUUAUGGAACUGAUAAGACAGACAGAGGCACACCUUUCUGAAAGCCAAGAACUGCAGUCCAGACGCUCUCUGAUCGAAGCACAAUGUAAAGCAGAGGGGCAGCACAGCCUGUACCAGGUUCCCCGAGUGAAACGAGUGUGGGCUUAUCAGAAUGGAGGCAGACCUGACGACGGCACUUAUGUCCAGGCCAGUGCUUUGUCAGAGUUGCUGGAUGAUUGCACUGCUCGUCUGAAAAUGUCCCGCCCAGCCAAAACGCUUUAUACCUCAAAUGGGGAACUCAUUCGGUCGUGGGAUGACAUAGAGAGGGGUAUGGCUGUCUGUGUGUCUGCAGGACAUGGCUUUAUAACCUCAAAAGAAAAAAAGCGAAUGUUGGAAGUGAAAGCAAAUUAUGUCAGGAUCCUAAGGCAGCAUGGCCCUGAGGCAACAGACAUUGUGGUGUCACCAUCCAGGAAGCUACUGUCUCUCCUGCAGCUUCCCAGCUGACUUCAACCAGAACCUCCUAGCUUGUGCUGGAUUUUACUCAUAGAGCUGCGUGUGCAUUCUCAUACGCUCCUGUCAUAUCCUAUGCCAUGAUAACUCUCUAUCCCUCUUAACUUGUACACAGUCUUGUACACUGCAUUGGGAUUUGAACCUAGCAGUUGACCAUAGAGUGAGCACUGUGCCUAUGAGCUGUGCCUCCAGCUCCCUCCUUUUAAAGAUUCUUAGUUUCCACAUUUUAUGUGAGGUAACAUUGGAUUCCUCAUGCGUGUUCCUGGAAAGGCAACAAAACCAGACAGAUAGUGCACGUAAGAAGAUCAUCUUAGGUGAACUUUCUUCAAGAAAAUAAAAGCAAAAACUUCUAGUUAUUGAAAAGUAACAUUUGAAGGGAUCAAGGAGCAUACAUGUGUGUGUGUGUGUGUGUGUGUGUGUGUGUGUGUGUGUGUGUCUGUGUGUGUGUGUGUAUAGAUAGGACAUUGAUAAUAAAAUGACUCUUUGGCCACCUAACCCUAAAUUUGACUCCAAGUGGCAUUUUUCUGGAUUCAUCACUCUGAUUUUUGAUCUUUUGUUAAGACCUCUCACAUACCCAAUAAAACUGGAAUGGCUGGCAGGUACUGAGUCCCACAGAAAUCUGUCUCUCAUUCUCUCCCAUUUCUCUUUAAUUUCAUAGGCCUCUCUUGAGGCACAGUUGGAUGUCGUUCAUGCGAAUGAAGGUGGGUAGUUAUAGUAAAUGACUGGCAAUAAGAUGUCAUAGACUACAUCCCCAAUACAAGAACAAAUGAUAUUAAUGCAAUAUCUCAAAGAAAAUUCACAUAAGGACGGGAGGUGUGAGUGUGUGUGUCACUUCUAUAGGACGGAAGGAAUUUCCCUGUUAAUUUGAUCCUAGGAAGAACAAAGAACAUGUAGGAAACAUGGCAAUGUGAGUGUCAGGCCUGAGGUUGGUUCUGUUGCGGUGGGAUGCUGCAGGGAAGCGCCCUCUAUUCACCACUCAACUCUUCCUCCUGAAAGUAAAUGGCAGCCUGGCUAGGUGUAUACAAAACAGCGGGAAGCAGGCUCCCACCCCAGUCCUCCACUUUAAUGAGUGCAGGAAGACAAUGUAUCAUUUCCACUGAAGGGAGCUCUUGGUAACCUCUGCAAAAGGCCUGGUAUUUAUUCCCACUCUGCAAAUCAGCAGGGCUGCUUGAAUAAAUCCCUGCUGCCUAGGACCCCAUGGCGGUGAAACCUCAUGUGUUAGAUGAACAGCUGUUGGCCCUUUUACAACAUUUGUUGGUGUGAUGUUACAGAAGCGAAAGUGGUCCAAGGUGCAGUGGCAGAAGAUUCCAUACUCCAAGACUCGCUUGCUUUUCUUCUUUUGUUAACAGAGGAAAUACAUAUUUUGAAAUAAACAGGAAAUGUUAAGGAACUUGCCUACAGUUGGAAAGUGAACCAUCAGGACUCCCAGCAACUAUUUUUUCCCUUGCAAUGAAAACACUUGAUCACAGUCCCAAUAAAGAAAAGAAACUUUUUUUUUCAAAAUUCUAUGAAAAUAAAUGCAUUUCUGUAGGUGCAGAAGCACCUAUCAUUUACUGCCAGGGAAAAGUUGCUUUGCUAUGAAAAUGGCAUCUUUCACCCUAGAUCAAAUGUGCAGAUUCCUUGUAAAGUACCCCCUGCUGCAUGGGAGCACUUCUGAAGCGA